ACUCAUUCAUAUUUCAUACACAUAUACAGCUUAAUCUCAAUGUUUAGGGUGGUUUCUUAAACGUGUUCUUUUUGUUCUGACUUGUGGUUAAUGUAUUCUUCUUCUUCAAACCUCUUAAUUAUUAUUAAUGUGCCUUGAAUGUUGGGUUUGAGUAUAUCUCUUUCUCUUCCUUUGAUGCUCUUCCCCACUACUCCAUCGCGUGGCACCACCCUUCACGCGCCUCCUCCCUCUUCCUCCAAAACCGCUUGGUACUAUCGUUGCCUCGGCCUCGACCCUUGAAAAAACUCAUUGCCCAAUUCGUUUCACCCACAAAGCUGUAAUCUUCGGGGCUUUGUUUCAUCUGGAUCGGUGACGAAUUUAAAGUAAGAUCAAGGCCACAACAUGAUGAAGAAGAGUGGUUUUGAGAAGAUGGUGUCGCAGAAGAACAAGAACAAGGGAGGCUAUGAUGAUCAUCAGAAACCGAGGAAUAACAGGUUUUUGGUAAACAUCAAUAUCAUGGGGAGUGCGGGGCCUAUAAGGUUCGUGGUGAAUGAGAAAGAACUUGUUUCUGGGGUCAUUGAUACUGCUCUCAAAUCCUAUGCUGGCGAAGGGAGGCUUCCUGUUCUUGGAUUUGAUGCCACCAAUUUCCUUCUUUACUGCGCAAAUGCUGGCUUUGAUGCUCUGAGUCCAUUGGAACCGAUAGGAUCUUUGGGGUCGAGGAAUUUUGUGCUGUGCAAAAAGCAGGUGCAGUCAUCAAAGGCAGCACCCCAAUCUGAGUUGGUGUCUCAAAAGAGCAAUGGUGGAUGGAAGGCAUGGUUAAAUAAGUCAUUUAGUUUAAAAAUCCUAUCCCAUUGAUAUUUAUAACGUUAUUCCAUGUGAAAGCGUUAUAAAUAUUAUAAUUAAGUUCAGUUUGUAUUCUGCAUUGUGCUUUAGUACACUAUGCUAGUAGUUCAUAUAUAUGUUUUGUUGUACCCAAUCUCCCGGAGACAACUUAGCAUUGAAUAAUUUAUGUUAUUCGCUUCUUCAUGUUCGAACAUGCAAAAGAUAUGAUGCUCGUUCUUUAGAAGUUUAUAUCAUGGGUUACUUUUACA